CCAGAGGCAUAAACCUCAGAACUCAGAAGUCGUGUGCACUCUGUUCUAAUGGAAUUUGGCGGGUGAUUAUUCCUCCGUCGUCUAAUGUAAAAGUAAAACCCUCAAAUACUUUGUGAUGCAGCUCUCAGACAUGAAAUCCCUCAGAACAAUCUUCUAUUCUCGAAAGCACUUUCUCAUCUCCUGCCGUUCCCGCCUAAAUCACAACUCUUCCCUCUUCCACUACGCCGGCGGUUUCAACCGCGCCCAACUAUCGACCACCGCCGUUGAUGCUCCGAACGGCGACCGGCCAGAAAAUGAGAAUGGUCGCAAUGUUUGGACUAUUUACGAUCCAGUUACGAGUAGGCUUCAUAUUCAAAGGGUCAAAAGCAGUAGCGAUAGAAAUGAGCCUGAACCGAGCAUUGGAAUCGAAACCUUCGGGGGUUCGUUGAGAAAUGCGAAUGGGGUCGAGGAUUUAUCGGGUGAGAAGGCUCCUGAGAGUGCGAGGAAGGUGGGUUUUGGGGCUGGGUCGAUUUGCAGGCCGAAUUUGGGGAAGGUCGUGGGAGUGAAGAAGAAGAAGAGCAAAGUUUCUUGGGUUUGCUCGAAUUGUGGGCACAAUGAGGGGCAGUGGUGGGGAACUUGUAGGUCGUGUGAUAUGGUUGGGACGAUGAAGCAGUUUUCUGAGGGGGAAGAUAGUGGAGGGGGGAGUCGCGGGUUUGAAGUUUCGGAAAAUGUGGUUCGAGCUUGGCUUCCAAAGCAGGCCACCGACGUGCAUCCUCAGCGGUUGACAGAUGUGAACCGAGGGAUCAAUACUCUGGAUUGGAGACUUCCUCUGCCUGGACCCUUUGGAGAUGAAGUAGCGAGAGUGCUUGGUGGUGGGCUGGUACCAGGUUCCCUAGUUUUGGUUGGUGGUGAUCCUGGUGUUGGCAAGAGUACAUUGUUGUUGCAGAUUGCUGCAAUUAUAGCUGAAGGACGAGGUGAAGGUGGAUCAGCAUCAGUUGUUUAUGUAUCUGGUGAGGAGAGUGUGGAGCAAAUUGGAAAUAGAGCAGACCGAUUGAAGAUUGAAGCAGAGAAUCUUUUCUUGUACUCAAGCACUGAUGUUGAGGAUAUAUUUGAGAAGAUUCAGCCUCUCUCUCCUAGAGCUUUGAUCAUUGAUUCUAUCCAAACAGUUUAUUUACAAGGAGUAGCUGGAAGUGCUGGAGGGAUUGGACAGGUGAAGGAAUGCACCUCGGCCCUGCUGCGUUUUGCAAAGAGGACCGGCAUCCCCAUCUUAUUGAUAGGGCAUGUGAACAAAUCAGGAGAAGUUGCUGGCCCUCGAGUUCUGGAGCACAUUGUGGAUGUAGUACUGUAUAUGGAAGGGGAAAAGUGCUCCGCACAUCGGCUGCUUCGACCAGUGAAGAACCGAUUUGGAUCAACAGAUGAACUUGGAGUAUUUGAAAUGUUACCAUCGGGACUGGAAGUGGUGUCGAAUCCGAGCGAGAUGUUUAGAAGGGAUCAUAAUGCCGAUUCUAAUUCCGAGUAUCUGGCUGGGCUUGCGGUUGCCGUAAUCAUGGAUGGAACUCGUACCUUCCUGCUUGAAAUUCAGGCACUGUGUUUGUCCAGAUCAUCCGUUACUAGACAUGUUAAUGGGAUUCAACAGAGCAAGGCUGAUAUGAUUAUAUCGGUUCUCAUGAAGCAAGCUGGUUUGAAGCUACAAGAAAGUGUCAUCUUUUUAAAUGUUGUCAGUGGGGUGACGUUGACAGAGACUGCUGGAGAUCUUGCAAUUGCAAUGGCAAUUUGCAGCAGCUUUCUAGAGUUCCCCAUUCCAAAUGACAUUGCAUUCAUCGGUGAAAUCGGUCUCGGCGGUGAGCUUCGCACGGUAAGUAGAAUGGAAAAGAGAAUCAAUACCGUGGUGAAACUGGGUUUCAAGAGAUGUGUGGUACCCAAAUCAGCAGAAAAUUGUUUAGGAGUGGUAGAGUUGGGAGACAUGAAGCUCAUAGGUUGCAGGAAUCUUAAAGAUGUUAUGAACAACGUUUUCAUGGCGAGAGAUGAAGCUAUGCAUCGCCACUCUUUUGUUGCCUAGUUCAUAAGUUUGUACACAUCUGGCUGUAAACAUAAUGCAACUUUCUCCCAUGAUGUAUCUCUUAGGCCCUUCAAAAUCACAAACUUGAUUUCAUUAGUAA